AAAUAUGGCGGCUUUCUCAAAAUAUUUGUUGAUCUCUGUGCCCGUGGUGGCCCUGGCGGGUAUUGCAGCAUUGUGGUGGCAACGGGAAAAGAGAGAGAGGUCUUAUAUAGAAGUGGGUCGUGUUUCUAGCCUGAUCAUUUAUCCCGUGAAAUCUUGCAAAGGAAUUCGCGUGGAUAAUGCAAAGUGCUUCAAAGAAGGAAUGGAAUAUGAUAGGUAAGCCUGGCUUAGCUUGUGUCCAAAGUUACGAUACAAAGAAAAAAAGCCAAAGAAACGGAACUGCGUGCACAAAAAUCAUCUAAAUGAGCACUGAAACAGCUCACAAGGAUCAGAAAGAAAGAGACAUGAGCCCAGAACGAGGUUAUUUAGUUUGGGUUGCGUGUGUUUUAUGUCUUCGCGUGAUUUUAGUUUGGGUUGCGUGAUUCAGGGCACGUAUUUCCAGUGUCAAAUUUUCUUACGGAACAUUUCAGUGGGGAAAAGGACUGUAUUAAUUUGAUUCGAAUUCAGUGGAUUACUAUCAUGGUUGAUCCUGUUUUUCGCCUAUUUGUAUCGCAAUUUUUUCUAAAUGAAAUCCUUGGGCUGCGCACAUUAUUGGGAUGUUUCAAUUAAUCCUUCAGUCUGGGGGAUCAAAAAAAUAUAGAAGCACCUGUCUGGCAUUUGGGACAUACUACGUAAAACAGAGACUUAGCUUAAGGGGAACCGAGGCGCCCAUUAUCUACCUUUUUGAGCAAAUACAUUUUUUCCACUUAUAAGUGAACAACGUAAAAAUCCCUUAACUCAGGUGAAAAUUCGUGACUCCAGAGAAUCUGCACAAGAUAAAUAUUCUCCAAUGCUCCCAAGCUAGAUACUCAAUUUUGAAGUCCUUCUCAUCACAAAUACCAGCCUUCCUUCACCCAAGGCAGAGCAUUGGGGGAAGCUAUGUUAUAAAAGUGCAUGAUAGUGGUUUAUGGCUGUGACCCUCCUCCCCCACCUCUCCCCCUCGCCACCACCACCUUUUGAAAACUCCUAGUUAUGCCACAUUACAAUGAUAAUAUUUUUGUGAACCACUUUUUCUUGACCAUUUGCUCUAGCUCUAGGCCCCUAUUCUCCCAAGGCUUUGAAGAUACAUCCUUGCACUCUUGGAAGCAGCUUAAGUAAAGCAUCAAUUUACAAACUGUACUGGUUUCUUGUCACAUGACUGUGACUACUACAUAUGAUGAUUUGAUUUGAUUAUUUUUUUUAUAGGCGUUGGAUUCUUUUGGAUGAGAAUGAUAUUUUUAUUUCUCAACGGGUAGAUCCAAAGCUGGCUUUGGUUGUUCCUCAUUUUGAAGGUGGAAAAUAUCUUUGUCUUGAUGCCCCCGGAAUGAAAACCUUGAAGCUUAAUAUAGAUUUACCAGAAAAUCAACAGGAGUCCAAGAGGAUACGGUGAGUCAUCUAGCAUGCACAGUUUUUAGUUUUAGUUGAACAUUCCUUUUUACAUACUUAGAUAAUAGGAUAGUCUUUGCAGUUAAGUUGUACAGUUUCAUUUCUCAAUUUGACUUGGAAACUGUAGUCCAAGAGAAGUGUCAGUUGUAAAAUUUGAAUUGAGAGUACCAAACAUUCUGUAUAUAAGCAGAAGGAAAACAAUUCUUAUGAAAGAGAGUCAACAAUAUUUAAUUUGCAAAACAUGUUUCCAUGACUGGAAAAUGGCAAAGAAAUUUCAAAAGGUGUUUGCAGACUACAAAAUGCUGUCUCUUCUAUACCAGUUUAGAUUAGAAUUUUAAUGGUCAUGUAUACUUCAUCUCCUGGAUAACCUGCAUGUUGCCUAGAUCAAAAGCCAGUCUUCCUAUCACCUUAACAAUUUUCUUGAAAUUUACCAUGUAAAUUAAGGUAAAUAUGGAUAUUUAGAGAGGGAAUUAAGUUAGAAAUAAAAUAGAUUUGAAGUUAUCCCUAUCAAAAAACUACAUCUUUGUCCAAGGAUGGCGGGACUUUGUUUGUUUUUGGACUGGAUACAAAAUAAUUAAUUUUCUUUUUUGGGGAGAGAUUGGCAUAGAGCAAUCAAGAAUUAGAAUUGUGGGGGGGGGGGUUUGAGAAUAGGGAUGUGUUCCAAUAUUGACUCUAUCGGCAGAUUCCAGGUUCGUAAAGGUUGGCAGAUCUGAUAAAUUUACUACCCUGUUAGAAAAGACUUAAAUUUGGUGUGCUUGCAGGUUGUAUCCAAGUCAAUCUUUUUACUGACAUUUCUGUAAUUUUUCAGGGUGUAUAGGGUUUAUGGAGGAGGUCAGUAUGUUGGAGAUGAAGCUGCAGAAUGGUUCUCAAGUUAUUUGAAAAGACCUGGAUGCAAGUUGUAUAAACUCUCUCAGCCUAAGUUAAUCUGUGAGGAUGAAAAGUGGGGUGAUGUUGCUUUGCCAGGAGACAAGGUAAUUUAAACAUUAUGUGUAAUGUUACACCCUUAGUUUAAAAUCAGGUGGUCCUAUAAGUCAGAAAACUCUGAUUUAAUCUUUACAGCCUCAAGCAGUCUAUUUUCUAUUAAUUCUUUUAACAUAUCCUCCUGUUACUUUUUUUCACUGAAGACCCAUGCAGUGGCAAAUGCCAGUGGGGGAAGAGGGGGAGGGAGAUUUUAGCCCUGGCCCAGCUACCAUAUUGAUAUUACUCUUUAUUAAGAGGACAUGUUACUCUGGCAAGGCUUCUUUUCAUCCAAGAGUGUAAAUUUGCAAAUAAUGGUGCCAGUAAACUUUUAGGCACACUUGGGAAAUAACUGGGAUGGACUGAAUUACAGCUGCACUGAUUAUUCUGUUCAUGUAAAAGGGAAAUAACAAGACUUCACAUCACUUCAAGAUACAUACAUGUAAAUAACAGUCAGAGUAAAGUUUAUUAGAAGUAGGCUUUCAUGGUCACAGGGCCAAGAAGACUUAAGAUGAUAAUAUUCUUUGGGUUUGAUGUAUAUCUAUUUUAAAAUUAUGCUUAAGAAGAAGUCAGUUACGGCAUUGGAUCACUGUGGAAAGGAAAGUAAAAACUUUUACCUCUUUCAUGAUUCAUAUCAGAAAAUGAAUGUUAUGCAAACAUGAAGGAAUUUUAGAGUUGUGAGAAGUUUCAAUUGUCAAUGUGUUCCUCAUUUUGUUUUCUCUUCCUUUUUUUCUUAACCAAGGCAUCAUUUGGAAAUUUUUCUCCCUUCAUGAUUACAACUGAACAGUCACUAGUAGCUUUGAAUGGAGUACUUCCAUCACCAGUUACUAUGGAAAGAUUCCGUCCAAAUGUUGUGGUUGAUGGUUUGAAGGCAUACGAUGAGGUCUGUGUUACUUCUCAUAUUUCCUUUAAAAAAUAUUAAUGCUAACACUGUAGCACCUUGAGCACUUAUUAAAUCUAUAGAGCUUGAGAUCUAGAGUGGGUACCUAUUUCAGUUGGGAGCUUAUUGGAGACUGGGUGCUUAUAGAAUUCUCACCAUUUUCAACAAGUGGUAAAUUAUUUUGCAAUGAAACAAUGAGUAAUAACAAAAUUUUGAGAUGUACAACAAACUUGUAACGUGUAACCCAGUCUCUCAUGCACUUCUGUUUUUGGUUUUUUUGUUUUUGUUUUUUUUGGAGGGGGGGAGAGUUGGGGGAUGGGGGAUUGGGAGUUUGGCAUUUACUCAAGGCUGGGCACCCAUAAAAUUUCACUACUGAGAGGUUGGGUGCUUAUUCAAUGUUGGCACUUACCCAAGGUUGGGCUCUUAUUUAAAUAAUUACACUGUUUUGUUUAAAAGGUGAUCCAUGUUCUAUUUUUCUCCCCACAGGAUAAUUGGACAAAAAAGAUAAUUAAAAUAGGGGAUGUAGAAUUCAGAUUUCUGAAGAACUGUGGAAGGUGAGUGAGUGAUGUCUCCAAGAAGAGGUCCUGGUCCAUUGACAUCCAGAUUUUACAGUUUGAGAAUUUCCAGUCUUUUAAUCAAUGGCAUACUUUGAAAGCCUACAGAUUUGAUUAAAAUUUUUAAAAAGCAAAAAAAAUUUUUUUUUUCCUAGAUGUUCAUUGACAACUGUAAACCCUGCAACAGGAGAAAAAGAAGGAAAUGAACCCUUGGCUACUCUGCAAAGGUAAUUUCUUACUUGUUAAUAAAGGUACGUAAAUUUAUUUGUCCUCUACUUUCAAUUGUUGACUGCUAUAAAACAGUUACCCAUGGCCAGAGUGUCAGUAAAAUUUCUUUUGCUGAGAGAAAAUUUUUUUAUUGUAUUUAGAAGAAAGUUUCUUGCAGAUGCAUCAGAAAAAAAGCUCAGUGAUUUCAUCUUAGGAAAAUUGGUUUUCUAUUUUAGUUUUACCAAUUGGCUUCUUUUUCAAAAGCCAUUGGCCACAGGUUGAUAUAGCAUAACUAUGAAAAGUAGAUGGCAGUUCUGGGUACAACUUGAUAAAGGGGGUAAGUUUCUAAAGAAACUGUGGAAGAUUAUAACAAGGUAUUUUGUUAUUAUGAACCAAAUUGAUAACUUAAAUUGGCCACUUUAAAAGUAUCAAAGCUAAUGUCUUGAGCAUUAGCCCUCCAUCAGAGCAAAGGAUGGAGGAGGAAGGGCUAAUGCUCAAAAUAUGGCCAAUUUACAUUUACCCAGUUGAUAAUAUCAAAUUACUUUGAUACAAGUUAAAUAACAAAUUACAAGGGGAUCAUGGCAAGUAACUGCAAUUAAUCAAUGUAUCUUUUCACAGGAUAAGGCUCCCUGAGGACAGAGAUCCUAGGCAGGGAAGAGCUCCUCUUUUUGGAGUGCAGUUUGCCCUUGAUGGAGAUAGGAUAGGGGUUGUAAGGAUUGGAGAUAUAGUGAUGGUCUCUGCAUGACUGGAAAAUUAAGUAGUGUUGGCAGCUCAGCAUGCCUUGAACUAAUUAAAAAAGUAGUUUGUGGUAAUAUAAUGCUGGACCAUAUAUUUCAUGCAUACUAUUUUUUUUAGUGGAUUCUUCCUCAGGGAACACUGAGAGCUGAUUAGAAAGUUGCCUAAUUCUCCAUGUGUAGCUAUGUAGGUCAGCUGAUAGUAGAACCCCACUAUAAUUAUGAUUUUCAGUUGGGUGAGGUGGGGUAAUAAUCUGCUGACAGGGUUUUGACCUUAAAAUAAUUAUAUUGUCAUGGGGAAGUUUUUAUUGUUUUUAUUUAUUGUUCAUCAAACUUGAAAUCUUGCCAAAAGAGAUAAAAAAACAUGUUACCACUAGAAACAGAGCCAGUUACGUGAGUUUGCUCACAUCAAAACAUACUGGUUGCCAAAAUUUCACUGCACCUCACUCAACUAAGAUUAUCAUAGGGUAAUUUUAAUUAGUAAUAUCAACUUAGUUACAAAUGUAAAUUGGCUACUGCAAAGAGUUUAAAAGCUGACAUUUUGAGCGUUAGCCCUCACUCUCUACUAGCCAAUUAACUUGAGAGCUCUGUGAAGAAAUAAUUUAUACUGUAAUUUACUUUAUCAUUGGUACGGGUUGGGAGUAUCAACUGACAGCAGAUUCAGAGAAAACAUUGACCUUAGGAUGAUUGUCUCUGUUGAAGGAAAAAGACAGCUGAAAUUUCUGCAACUUCUAAAAACACACGUGGUAUUAAAUCCUCAAUCAUAACCAUUACAAUUUUCUCAAAUGUGAUUGGUGCAUUAGCUGACUUAUUUUUUUAAUAAAUUUUUUUUUGGGGGGGGGGAGGGAAGGGAUUUUAAAGGUUAAGAUUAAUUGGUAACAGUACUUUGUGCCAUCCAAUUCUGUCUGUAAUCAUAUUGGAAAUUAUCAAAUUAUACUCUCUCCCUGUGGUCAUCUAUUUUGUUAAACAUUUUUAUGAUUACUGUCUGAAUUGGAGUCCACUCAGUCCUACAAAAGGACUGAGUAGAGUUUACCAUUAUUAAUUUUACUAGGUCCCAUGCAGUUUCCUAUACAUACAUACUGAUAGUGUAUGCAAAACACUUUUAAAAAUCAAUUCAAUUAUAAU